AACAGGCUGUUACUGUGUUUCUCUCUUGAGUUGUCCAGAGAGAACCAUUCCCACACUCACAAUCCCAAUAUUAAAAAAGAAGCAUUUUUUCUUGAACCCCACAAUGAUACAAAUCAAGAAAAUAGUUGAAAACUGAAAAAAAGUAGUAGCAGUAGGCCAUUGCCGAUUGAUAAAAGUCCCAUAUAUAUCCAUAACAAAAAAUAUUCUCUUCUGUUAUUACUUGUUACUACUAUACUAUUUAUAUACCAAAUAUACCUUUGUGCUCUGAGCUUAUAUUACCAAUCUUCCUUAUUAAGCCCAACUUUUGUUUCUGUUUAGAAUUCAGUUACUUCCUGGUGUUGUCAUUGUUUAGAAAUUAUGGCAACACUUAGUGAUAUUGGGGUUUCAGCAUUUAUCAACAUUCUUGGUGCUUUUGCGUUCUUGUUGGCUUUUGCUCUUCUUCGACUACAGCCUAUCAAUGACAGAGUUUACUUUCCCAAGUGGUACAUUAGUGGUAAAAGAAGUGCCCCAAGACAUGUUGGGAAUUUUGUGGGGAAGUUUGUUAAUCUCAAUUUCAAGACUUAUCUUACUUUUCUUAACUGGAUGCCUCAAGCUAUGAAGAUGAGUGAAGAUAAAAUUAUUGAACAUGCUGGUCUUGAUUCUGCUGUUUUCUUGAGGAUAUAUGCUCUUGGCUUGAAAAUUUUUGUGCCAACUGCAAUUGUGGCACUUCUGGUUCUUAUUCCAGUUAAUGUGUCAGAUGGGAUAUUGUUUUUCCUCAGAAAAGAUUUGGUCGUCAGUGAUAUCGAUAAGCUCUCUAUAUCCAAUAUUAAGCCCAAAUCCUGGAAGUUCUUUGUCCACAUAGCAAUGGAAUACUUAUUCACGUUUUGGACCUGUUUUAUGCUGUACAAGGAAUAUGGUAAAGUAGCUGCGAUGAGAUUAAAAUUUUUGGCUUCACAAAACAGGCGUGCCGAACAGUUCACGGUUUUGGUUAGGAAUGUUCCUCAUGAAUCUAAACGCUCAAUAUCAGAUAAUGUCGAGAAUUUCUUUAAGAAGAACCAUCCAGACCAUUAUCUAUGUCACCAGGCUGUCUACAAUGCCAACAAGUUCGCCAAACUUGUCAGGAAAAGGGCGAGGCUUCAAAAUUGGCUGGACUACAACCAGCUCAAGUUUGAAAGAAAGCCAGAAAAGAGGCCAACAACGAAGACAGGCUUCCUUGGACUUUGGGGUGAGAGAGUUGAUUCUAUUGACUACUACAAACAGCAGUUGAAGGAGUUUGAUAGAAGAUUGACAAUGGAACGUGAAAGUAUUCUCAAGAAUUCGAAAUCUAUCAUGCCUGCUGCCUUUGUAUCAUUUAAUUCAAGAUGCGGGGCAGCUGUUUGUGCACAAACACAACAAAGCAAGAACCCCACAUUGUGGCUGACUAAUUGGGCCCCUGAACCACGAGAUGUAUAUUGGAACAAUCUGUCUAUAUCUUUUUUCUCUCUCAGCCUCCGCAAGCUUUUGAUUUCUGUGGCAGUGUUUGCUUUGGUAUUCUUUUACAUGAUACCUAUUGCCUUUGUGCAAUCAUUGGCUAAUCUGGAAGGUUUGGAAAAGGUUGCCCCUUUUCUCAGGCCACUAAUUGAAUGGAAGGUUAUCAAGUCAUUUCUACAGGGUUUUCUUCCUGGUUUAGCGCUUAAAAUCUUCUUGUUUGUUCUUCCUUCCAUUCUGAUGUUUAUGUCAAAGAUUGAGGGUCAUGUGGCGUUAUCAGUGCUUGAGAGGAGAACAGCUGCAAAAUACUAUUAUUUUAUGUUGGUCAAUGUAUUCCUGGGGAGCAUAGUAGCAGGGACAGCUUUCCAGCAACUUCAUGCAUUCCUUCACCAAUCCGCUAAUGAGAUACCGAGAAAUAUAGGGGUAUCAAUACCAAUGAAAGCAACUUUCUUUAUCACAUAUAUAAUGGUUGAUGGUUGGGCUGGCAUUGCUGGUGAAAUUCUUAGAUUGAAACCUCUGGUUAUUUUUCAUCUUAAGAACAUGUUCCUUGUUAAAACUGAGAGGGACGUGGAGAGAGCAAUGGACCCUGGGAGCGUAGAUUUUCCCGAGACACUUCCAAGUCUUCAACUAUACUUUCUUCUGGGAAUAGUCUAUGCUGUGGUUACACCAAUCCUUCUUCCUUUCAUACUGGUCUUCUUUGCCUUUGCUUAUCUCGUUUACCGUCAUCAGGUGAUCAAUGUGUACAACCAACAGUAUGAAAGUUGUGCUGCUUUUUGGCCUCAUGUUCACGGGCGCAUUAUAGCGAGCUUAGUAAUAUCUCAACUGCUUCUGAUGGGUCUGCUGAGCACUAAAAAAGCUGCAAAGUCCACUCCGUUCCUCGUGGCGUUACCUGUUUUAACCUUAGCGUUCCAUAAGUACUGUAAGAGUCGAUUCGAACCUGCAUUCAGAAAGUAUCCCAUUGAGGAAGCGAUGGAAAAGGACUUACAAGACCGAUCUUCUGAAUCUGACGCCAACUUGAAAGCAUACCUGGCCGAUGCAUAUCUACAUCCUAUAUUCCACUCAUUUGAAGAGAUUCAAUUGGAGGAAGUUAAAGUCGACAAAAAGCCACCUCCCGACAGCCCAAGCCCUCCGUUGAGUGAACUCAGUUCUCCAUCUCCAACUCAUGAUGCCAAACAUCAUAAAGAAGGGGAGCCAUUCCAGGCGUCUCAAACAUCUCAUAACGUCCAGCACUAUGAAGUUGGGCAACCAGGUGACUUGUUUCACUAUGAAGUUGAACAAACGAGUCACGUAUAUCACUAUGAUUACGAGUCACAAUAUCACCAUGAUUCGCAAUAUCAGCAUAACGGAUAUCAUUAUUGAUGUAUUCAUCCUUAGUUUGAUCCAUCUUUAGCAUCUUAAAUUGCCUUUAACCAUCAUACUUACACCAGUUUUUAACAUUUUGCUAACCAGGUCAAUGCCCCUUUUAGAGUUGUAAUUUUUGUUCAUCAAUGUAAAUACAUUUGCCCUUAUUUUACAUUUUUUUCAUUUCUCUUCA